AUGGAGCAAGCUCGAAAAGGAGAGCCAGUUUGCUGCUAUGACUGUGUUCCUUGUCCAGAGGGGACCAUCUCCACUCAGGAAGAAGACAUCAUUUCUGUCAAAGGCCGGAGAAGAUGCACUCAGAAAUCUCCACUGAAGACCAAAGUGGAAAGAAAUUGGCUCUUGUACCGACAUAACUACCAUGUUUACGCUUUGAUUAAUACUCUGGCCCAUGCCUUGAAUGCUGCAUAUUCCUCCAUAUCGAAGAGGAGAAGAAAAGAGGGAGAAGAGAGGCUGGGGACUCAAAGGCUGCAGCCAUGGCAGUUCCAUCCAUUUCUGAAGAAGAACGAUUUUUGCAAUCUUUCCCACGUGAAACUGUACUUGGACCAAAAUGGGGAUGUGACAGCAGAUUUGAACAUCGUAAGCUUGAUAGUUCAGUCCAGGGAGGAUCCCGUUAGAAAGCAAGUGGGGAGUUUUGAAAGACAGAGACUUAUUAUCAAUCCAGAUGCUCUUUCACAGCUAAGGUUGCUCAAUAAGUCUUUGCCUCGGUCCAAAUGUGUGGAAAAUUGUCAUCCUGGAUUUUUCAAGCAAGCUCGAAAAGGAGAGCCAGUAUGCUGCUAUGACUGUAUUCCUUGUCCAGAAGGGACCAUCUCCACUCAGGAAAAUACUGAAAAAUGCACCAAGUGCCCAGAUGAUCAAUAUCCAACCGAGAGCAGAGUCCAAUGUAUCCCCAAAAAAAUAACCUUCCUCUCCUAUGAAGAACAUCUGGGCAUCAUCCUGGUGUCCAUUGCCCUACUCUUGUUCCUAUCCACAGGAUCCAUUUUAAUCAUAUUCAUUAAAUACUUAGAAACUCCCAUUGUCAAAGCCAACAACCGGGACCUCUCCUACAUCCUCCUGGUCUCCCUCUUGCUUUGCUUCUUGUCCUCCUUUUUCUUCAUUGGACGACCAAGGAAAGCCACCUGUCUUCUCCGACAAACUGUGUUCAGCAUUGUCUUCUCAAUAGCUGUGUCAUCUGUGUUGGCCAAGACAAUCACGGUGGUGCUGGCAUUCUUAGCCUCAAAACCAGGGAACAAAGUGAGAAGAUGGUUGGGGAAGAGCUUGGCGAAUUCCAUCAUCCUUUCUGGUUCUGCUGGACAAAUUUUCAUUUGUGCCUUAUGGCUGGCAAUUUCUCCUCCAUUCCCUGACUCUGACUUAAACUCACAGCCUGGAGUGAUCAUCCUGCAAUGCAAUGAAGGCUCUGUCACCAUGUUUUAUGUUGUCCUUGGCUAUAUGUGUUUCCUAGCUGUCAUUUGCUUCACUGUAGCUUUCCUGGCUAGGAAUCUGCCUGGGGCCUUCAAUGAAGCCAAGCUGAUCACCUUCAGCAUGCUGGUCUUCUGCAGUGUCUGGGUCUCCUUCGUGCCCACUUACCUGAGCACCAAAGGAAAGUCCAUGGUGAUUGUUCAGGUCUUCUCCAUCUUGGCCUCCAGUGCUGGACUGCUGGGUUGCAUCUUCUUCCCAAAGUGCUUCAUUAUUAUCCUGAGGCCAGAUCUAAACACUAAGGAAUAUCUAAUGAUAAAAGUAGAGAAAUGACAGUGAAAUUGUUUCUUAGGCUCAUAACAUUUAAUUUUUUCAUUGCA